GGUAUCAGCCUCAGGAAAUGUGCCUUGGCAGCAGUCGGACGGGCGCUUCCCCGCAGGUUGGUGUGCUCCGCUCCGGAGCCGUCCAGGGCACGGCGGCUCGUUCCCCAGCCCGGGCAGCUCCGGAGGAGGCCAGCCCGGGGAGGCAGGAGCUACCGCAGGAUCCCCCCGGAGCGGUGACUGCGGGCCCCCCUCCCGCCGGUCCCCGCAGGAAGGUACCUCCCGGGCCGCCCCAGGCGGGCGGCGCGGCCCCCUCGCCCGGCCGGGCUCCCCACCAUGCUGGACGGGCUGAAGAUGGAGGAGAGUUUGCAGAACGCCCUGGACCCCGCGGCUCCCUUCUCCUCCCUGCUGGGCAGAGCCGCGACCCCCCCGGUCGGUGUGCGAGGGGUGCCAGCGAGUUAUUUCGGACCGGUUCCUGCUGCGCCUGAACGACAGCCUGUGGCAUGAGCAGUGCGUCCAGUGCGCGUCCUGCAAGGAGCCCCUCCAGACCACCUGCUUCUACCGCGACAAGAAGCUCUACUGCAAGCUGGACUACGAGAAGCUCUUUGCGGUGAAGUGUGCUGGGUGCCUGGAGGCCAUUGCGCCCAGUGAGCUGGUGAUGCGUGCCCAGAAGAGCGUCUACCACCUGCGCUGCUUCUGCUGCUGCGUCUGUGAGCGGCGCCUGCAGAAGGGCGACGAGUUUGUGCUGAAGGAGGGGCAGCUCCUCUGUAAGGGCGACUACGAGAAGGAGCGGGAGCUGCUGAGCUUGGUGAGCCCGGCUCUGUCAGAUUCUGGCAAGAGCGACGAUGAGGACAGCAUUUGCAAACUGGGCCAAGCCUCAGGGAAGGGUGCUGAGGAUGGGAAAGAUCACAAGCGGCCCAAGCGGCCCCGCACGAUCCUGACCACGCAGCAGCGGAGGGCGUUCAAGGCAUCGUUUGAGGUCUCCUCCAAGCCCUGCAGGAAGGUGCGGGAGACACUGGCGGCCGAGACGGGGCUGAGCGUCCGUGUGGUGCAGGUCUGGUUCCAGAACCAGCGAGCAAAGAUGAAGAAGCUCGCCAGGAGACAGCAGCAGCAGCAGCAGGAUCAGCAAAACACACAGCGCCUGAGCUCAGCCCAGACAAACGGCAGUGGCAGCGCGGGGCUGGAGGGGAUGCUGAAUCCCUACACCACUCUGCCCCCACCCCAGCAGCUGCUGGGCAUGGAGCAAAGUGUCUACGGCUCCGACCCUUUCCGGCAAGGGCUCACCCCACCGCAGAUGCCCGGAGACCACAUGCACCCCUACGGUGCUGAGCCCCUCUUCCACGACUUGGAUAGCGAUGAUACCUCACUGAGCAACCUGGGUGACUGCUUCCUCGCCACGGCGGACGCGGGGCCACUCCAGGCGCGAGUGGGGAACCCCAUCGAUCACCUCUACUCCAUGCAGAACUCCUACUUCACCUCCUGAGCGUGGCAUGGUCCCCGGCACGGGGCAGCCACCGCUGCCGCGCUGCCCCAGGAGGGGCUGCAGAGCCCCCGGGGUUGGGAGGGAGGGGGAAGCGACACUGCUGGGAUGCUGUCAAACAAUAUGUUGUAGCUUGGGAUUUCCAAGGAGCGAGUUAAGUUAUGGGUUACAUAGUUUCAUGUUUCUUUUAGGAGCCUAGGAUUAGGGACAGGAGUGGUUUUUACAGCUGGCUGGUGGAUUUUCAAAUUUCAAAUGGGGAACCAAAUUUCUCGUUUCAGCAGGGGAAAAGGCAGGGGAAGGGGGAUGGAUGCCCCUAUAGGAUCAUCCCGGUGCUGUACCCACUCCGCACCACCUUCGGUCCGAGGAGUGGAAAGAGCAAACUGCUGAUCUUCAUGGGGAGAGCCUAAGGCAUCAGCAGGGCUUUGAAAUUUGAAAAGCUGACGACACUUUGGGGAAACACGGGGAAAAUGUCACUGCAGGGUUUUCCCUCUGUUGCCUCGACCAGCUUGAGUGCUCGCUGUUAAAACACAGUGACUUUUAAGAUAGAUGUUCCCAUGAGAAUAUAGAAAGCUAGAAACCCCUAACAUUGCCCCCGUCCCCGAGGAUGGGGGUGUGUGCGUGUAUGUGUGUGUGUGUGGGCACGCACGUGUGUGUGUGUGCAGAGCCGUGUGGCUGUGGGUGAUGCACUACACAGCUGCACCUGCCAGAUUGUAUCAACAAAGUUUAUUUCUAAGUCUAUCAGAAAUUUACUGUACAGCAAAAGUAACUUUAUUUUCAACGUGAACCAUAUUUAAGGAAAUACUCAAUGCACUUAAGUUAUAAGAUGAAAUAAUUUACUUUUUAUAAACAUUAUGUUUAGGUUGCAAAAGCCCAGUGGCAGGGAAGGAAAAUCAGUUCAUUUCAGGCGAUAGGUUUGGGUUUUGGGGUUGGUUAUUUUUGGUGCUCUCAGGUUGCCCCACUGGUUUUGAGGUGCAGUUGAAACACAAAGCAGGGCUGGCUCCAGGGACCUGCUCUUCUGCUGGCGGAUCGAUGGGGACAGCAUGGUGGCCAGAUCCUGUCCCCACUGCUGGACGUGUCCAGGAGGUCGGUGUGGGGUGGACAACGCUGCUGGAGCUGGUGGACAUCCUGGCCCACUGGGGCUCAGCCAUGUUUCUCUGCAUCACCUCUCUCCUUCCCACAGCAGGACCCAGCUUGCCUCCACCAGCGACCCCAUCCCGUACCCUCAAACAUGGGGGCUAGGUGAGUGGGAACUGCUGUCCUGGCUCUGGAAAACACCGCAGCUCGUAUUGCCACCCCUCGGGAGAAGGAGAAAGGAGGGACAGCCCUGCAUUUCCCACCCCAUGCUCGGGUUCAUCCCUGCCAGAGCCGUGGGAACCUGGGGAAAGUUCUCCUUAGGGUCGAGCCUUCAGCUGACCCUCACCUCAUCCCCACUCUUGUUUUCAUGCGUUGUGUCCUUUUGUGCUGCUGUUCACAAAUGAUGUAAGCAACAACCCGUAAAGACAUGCAAGUGACUGUGAGGCUCAAAACACUGGCUCAUUGCCACCGUAUGAUCUGACACUGAAUGUAGCGGGGUCCGGAGAUGGCUGACCCGGCAGGAGAUGCUGACACACUGUCAGAAAUCGCGUACCAAGAUGAAAUUAAAAAGAUAAAAAAGAUCUCUGGAAAAAA